AUUCCGCACUCGAUACGAGGGCGAAGCGCACGCCCGAUCUUUCGAUAAUCGCGACCGACGCGCCGCGCGCCCGCGGCAAACUCAACCGCCAUGUUUGACGUUUUUGGCUCUGUGAAGGGCCUACUCAAGCUCGACACUGUUUGCAUCGACAACAAUGUAUUCCGCUUGCACUAUAAGGCCACCGUGAUCAUCUUGAUUGCCUUCUCCCUGCUCGUCACCUCGAGGCAAUACAUCGGAGACCCAAUCGACUGCAUCGUAGAUGAAAUCCCGCUCAACGUUAUGGAUACCUACUGCUGGAUCUACUCCACGUUCACCAUUCCGAACCGGCUCGUAGGGCGCGUAGGCAAAGAUGUGGCUCAGCCCGGCGUCGCCUCUCAUGUAGAUGGAGAGGAUGAGGUGAAAUAUCAUAAAUACUAUCAGUGGGUGUGCUUUGUGCUGUUUUUCCAAGCUAUUCUCUUCUAUGUGCCUCGUUAUCUGUGGAAAACAUGGGAAGGUGGACGCGUAAAGAUGCUCGUACUGGAUUUAAACUGUCCCGUAAUUGGCGAAGACAGUAAAUUGGAUAGAAAGAAGCUACUCGUCGACUACUUUCACACUAACCUCCACACUCAAAACUUUUAUGCUUUUCGAUUUUUCAUCUGUGAAGUACUAAACUUUAUAAACGUCGUGGGACAAAUAUACUUUAUGGACUUCUUCCUCGAUGGGGAAUUUUCAACGUAUGGCCGGGAUGUUGUACGUUUCACUGAAAUGGAACCUGAAGAAAGAGAAGAUCCAAUGGCUCGAGUGUUUCCUAAAGUUACUAAAUGUACCUUCCACAAAUACGGUCCUUCGGGAACAGUGCAGAAGUUCGAUGGUUUGUGUGUAUUGCCGUUAAAUAUCGUAAAUGAGAAGAUCUACGUGUUCUUAUGGUUCUGGUUCGUAAUCCUGUCAAUCUUAAGUGGCAUUUCUUUGAUUUAUCGCGCGGCCGUCGUCGCCGGACCGCGUGUGCGCCUCUACCUGUUGCGCGCGCGCAGCCGCCUCGCUCCACAAGAACAAGUAGAAGCUGUGGCCCGCAAGCUACAGAUUGGAGACUGGUUCGUACUGUACCAGCUCGGAAAGAACAUCGACCCACUAAUCUAUAAGGAACUAAUGAGCGAUUUAGCGAAGAAGUUUGAAGGAAAGGACACUGUGUAGUGGGAGUGGACAGUGGGUAGCAGUGACGUGUGAGUGCCAGGGCGGACCGCACGGGCGCAGUGCGGCAACGUCGUGCGCCCGCCACGGCGCCGCUACCUGCCGCGCCGCGCCUGAGCACAAAGAGUGCCGGGAGCGGCCGUGCACCGACAUUCCAUUACCUACACCCGACGCGGGGAACGACCUCCGCCGGGCCAGUCAUUGUAUUCCAGGACCGCUUUAAAACUAUUUAUACUGCUGAUAUGAAAUUAUGUUAGUUGGUAUCUUCCCCCGGAUAAUUUCGACUGAUGCGUGACACUGCGCGCGUGAAUUUAGGGUAACGUUUUAGGGCAUGUUUACAAUAGUCGUAGGUAAUAGACAGAUCUCGUGCCUUCGUUUUGUAUUUUGUAUUGUUCGUGUGCGAGUAACUAGCGUUGAAGGGACGUCUCAUUGUGAUAUGAAUUAUUAUUAUAUCUAAAUUAAGUGUUUAUCGUGUACUAUGGAAUGAGUGUACAACUGCUGGCUUAUUCCUAGGUUCUAGUUAGUUAUCUAAUGUAAUUUCUUUGUUAUCGAAUGUUAUACUCGAUACGAUAUUGUAUAAAGCAAUAAUAAACUAUUAGCGUUAAGAGAUCAAUUAUUAGAAUUGGUUAUUGACAAAACCAUAAUUUUUACUAAUAAAAUACAUGUGUAUAAGAUACUUUUUAUACUGACAAAAUCGAGACGAUUAUGGUUGAUAUUUUCUAAAUAUAUUUACUGCCACAUUA